AUGCGGCGCCCGGCGCCCGGCACCUGCACGUGUCGCCGCAUUCAUUACCUUCAUUCAGUUUCGUUAUUCAAAUCGAGUGUGCGUCGAAAGUGGAAACUGUUUUAUGAAAUGUUCUUGUUCGUGUAUUGUGGCCGAGGACUUGCCGGCUGUCCAGAGUUUCCCAACGAUAUCUGCAUUAGGUACAUACGUAGAUGUGUUAACUUGUUAAGGUUGACGCGUCGUCAGACUUUCGGCGAAAAUAAGAUGAGUCUGUAUUUAAAGACCUUGUUCGAUUUCACGAAAUGUCAUAAAACACAGCCUAGACUAAGAAGGACUUUUUGGAAGUAA